AUGUCGUGCACAGCUAUCAGACUACGUCAAUUUAUAGAUCCUACACCCUACCUCCCUCCAGGCACUGUUGUUCGUCAAGGAAAGGACAUUCAAGGGUUCUAUCCUGGGCAACUAGGACGGAUACAUAAGGCAUGCAUGCCUGAAACAACUCCAGGACCUUUCAUAAAACUGCACCCAGCUCCAGUGCAGCAUGAAGUUGAAACUCAGUACCCACAUGACUUUGAUAAUUUAACUCUUCAGAGCUAUGUCCCUUUUCAAAAGACAGUGAAGAAGGCAAUGAAUGACUGGUACAAGCAAACCACGUACAAAGAGGAAUUUGCACUGCCAUUUUACAAUAUGGAACAUGAUGCGGAUAAAUACACACCGAGAACUGAUCCUGGACCACUGACAAUCUGGAGAAGCAUUGCUGAUCCAAAAAAUAUAACUUGCCCUUGCUUGUGAGAGACAAGUAUUUCAGCUGAGCUUUAAGAAAAUAAAAGCAACCCAUUGAAGUUAAUCCCAUUUAUGAGACUUUCAGAAGACUGCUUCUGUUAAGCUAUACUGUAUAAUUUUACAGUGUAGUUUGUGUUGGUGAUGCUACUUAAACUUUAAUCAAGUUUUAUCUGGGAAUAUGAAUAUAUGGAUUACUUCACACAAUGGAGUCAACAGUUGGGAAUGGAG